AUGAAACGCAAGGCAUACCAGGCUAUCAAAGCAGCUCAAGCCAAACUUGCAUUAAAGCAGAAGAGAAAAGUUCAAAAAGGAAUUCCCUUGAAGUUUAAGCACUUGGAGGAGUUUUUGAAAAACAGCAAGAGGAAGAGUCGAGAUGAGACACGACUCGCCAGACUCAAACAUAGACCUCAGGUCAAAGGUGUGAGCCCCAAAGUGAUCAAGGCCAUUCAGAUGCUGAGGCUAAGGAAGCUCUUCAGUGGCACCUUUGUGAAAGUCAGCAAGGCUUCUAUAAAAAUGCUUAAGACUGUGGAGCCUUAUGUUGCAUGGGGUUAUCCCAACUUGAAAUCAGUCCGUGAACUCCUAUUGAAAAGAGGUCUGGUGAGGAUUGAUAAGAGAAAGAUUCCUCUGACCGACAAUACAAUCAUAGAACAGCAUCUCGGACAAUAUGGGAUCAUCUGUUUGGAGGACCUUAUCCAUGAGAUUUAUUCUGCUGGAAAGAAAUUCAGGGUGGUAAACAACUUCCUGUAUCCGUUCCGUUUGUCAGUACCACGACAUGCUGCUAGAGACAAAAUUGGACUCAUUAAAGAUGUUGGUGAUCCUGGACCCAGAGCUGAGGACAUAAACACAGUUAUCAGGAAACUCAACUGAGCCAAUAAACACUUCGUUCCAUUGACUUCCAAUCAUACACUUACGAAUGUCGGAGAGCAGAAACGCAAGCUCGUGAAGAAAUUUCACGUUUUGCUGGUGGUCCAAGGUUCAAGUUGUGAAUUUUGACCUGUGAAUUAUUAAUGCAAAUUCAACAAGAGGGGACAAUUAUAACA